GAGCAUGUAGAGGGGAAAAAAUGACAAAACUAAGAAUGUGAGGUUUAUUAUUAAGGGUAAUAUUUAUUACACAAGAUUCUACAAUUAUGUUAUUGCUACAUUACCUUGCAGAACAAAGUUACCUUCUCAGGGCUUCCCUGACGCAGGCAGAGGAACACAAACCAAAAUAUGCUGGAUUGAGAAACCAGCUGGAGUUUCACAUUCUUUUGUACGGACUGAGCCUUCGGGUGAGCACCAGCUCCAUCCUUUCCACGGGAGCGUUGUGGUCCACCGGUAACGAUCACUCCGGUUACGCCGGGCUGCCUGUGCUGUGCGCUGCAGAGGCAGGAGCGCUCGCACUGAGGAAGCGGACGCGUGUCGCAGAGAGCUGCCGCUGCGGGCAGUUUGCUGCACGGGGGCCAGGCGAGGGAGGGCUCCUGCAGAUGCAAAGUGCUCUGCGGGGAAGUUCACAACCUCCUGCGAAGGAUUUGAGUACUUGAGUAGCAGAUAAUGAUGUAUUUACACUCCCCCUACACACGCCGUAAACAGAUUCAUAACAAAGGGCUUUCUUACACAGCGUUACGCUGUGUUUUCCCCUACUUUUUCCAUUAGCGAGGUUUCAUCACGGUGCUGUAGCCGAAGCCUGGAACCCAGGGCGGCAUCCGCUCCUCCAAGUCCUCCUCCAUGAAGGACCCGAAGGCGGAAGAGGAAGGUGCAGAGCAACCGCGGGACCCCUGCCGCGCCGCCCGGGCCCGGCCCGCUGCGCUGGGCGAGAGGCCGCCCCGGCUGCUCCCCGCUCCCGGCCCGCCCGGGCGCGCUCCCGGCUGGCGGCCUGCCUGGCGAGGGGGCGGCGGCCGCGGGGCCCUGCCACCCGGAGGUGUGUCCCGCCCUAGGCGCGGCUCCCGCAGGUACUAAUCGCCGCGCUGCCCUGGCUCCCUCCUGCACUCGCCGCCCGCUCCCCCGGAGCCCGCGGCCGGGAUGUACGGGGGGCAGCAGCAGCUGCAGCCCCUCACGCUGCCCCCGCACCUCCAGCAGCAGCAGCAGCACCAGCAGCAGCAGCACCACUACUACCGGCGCCAGCAGCACUACAGCACGCUCCCCGCCGCCCGGCGGCCCCUGUCCUGCCCGGAGCCGCCGUCCUGCCCGGAGCCGCCGCCGCGGGACCCGCCGCCCUGCCCCGAGCCGCAGCCGCGGCCCCUGCCGUGCUUCGAUCCCCUGCCCCACCAGCAGCAGGACAGCAGCGUGGCGUACGACCGGGUGCGGACCUACGGCCCCGGCUGCCGGAGGGUGAGCACGUCCUGCUCCUCCCGGGCGGCCUCGCCGCUGGAGUGCUCGCACGGCUACCAGCAGCUCAUCGCCGGCUGCGACCCGCCGCAACAGGGCACUUUCCGAAGGAUUAUUAUUGAGAAUCCUGAUCAGGAGCCGUUAUCCCCAUUUCUUAGAGGGGCAAAUUUCAGUCCUGGAAACAACGUCAUCUAUGAAAAGACAAUAAGAAAAUACGAGCUAUUAAAUCCCCUCCAAGACAAGCAGUAUCAGUUCUCCCACCAGUGCCAGAGUCCCCAGCAAGGGGAGCAGUGCCAGGCUGCCCAGCCCUGCCAGUACUGUGAGCAGCCCCAGGUCACUCACCAGUGCCAGCAGACACAGACCAGCAGCCCUUGUGAAGUCGUUCCAGUCUCUGUCAGCGAUGACUGCAGAGGAAGUACCGUGAGGAGGGUGACAGUGCAAACCUGUGAGCCGGUGAACUGUGCUCAGGAGAAUACUGACCAGCUGGACUGCCGCUACUUCGGUGAGCUCCUCGCUGAGCUGAACCGCAAGACCAACGACUUGCACAGCUGUUUACUGCAGCAUGUGGAAAAGAUAGGAGGAAGGAACCAUGACAUUGAAUUUACGUGUCAGACUGAAGAUAUUGAAGAAUUAAUUCCCAAAGGACUGUCUGAGGCAACAAAGCAGCAGAUUCGUUAUCUCCUCCAGAUGAGAGUCACAUCAGACAAAUCUUUGAGACUUGUGCUUUCCACUUUCAAGAAUCUCCGUGAAGAGCUUUGCCACCUGCAGGAUGACUUGGGGAAGUUAGAAACCGACAGUGUCUUACUUAAGAAGGAUUUGGCUUUUAAAGAUUCACAAGUAAAAGAAUAUGAAACUAUGCUGGCUUCUCUGAGAGAGAAUAAUCGUCAGCAGCAGCAAGGGCUCCGAGAGAGUACUGCAAAAUGUCGCGCUCUGGAGGAACAGCUCCUCUCCCUUCGGCUCAGUGAGGGGGAAAAGGACUGUCAGCUAAAGGAGCUGGAGUUCUGCAAGCGUGCCUUGGAGCAGGAGAUCCAGAGCCUCAGGCUGCAGGCCUGCUCUAAUCCAACCCUGCAGACCACCACGGAUGAGCUCUCCAGCCGUUAUGUAGAGAUGAUCAAUAACUUGAGGGAAGAUAAAGAUCGUGAGAUCCGCAGCCUUAGGUCUCAGUUAUGCCAAUUCCAGCAAGACAUAUCGAGGAGAGAAGGAAGCAACAGUGACUUGCAAAUACGGUUGCAUGAACUGACAUCAAUGUUGGAGGAGAAAGAUGCUUUUAUUAAACAACAGCAAGAGGACCUCUUCAGAUUGAAGCAUGAGAAAUUAUCUGGCAGUCAGUCCCCUGGUGUAACUGCUAUCAUCACCAAGAAGUACAGGAAUCAGUACCCUAUCCUGGGUCUCCUGUCUGAUGACUACAAGGUUACAUCACCUGUCAAUAAAUCACAAACUAUUGUCAUUGAGAGGACGGGAGAGAUAUGGAAACACGAAUGAGAGAGAUCUUGAAGCCAUGAGAGCUGCUAAGAGGAGUCCACAAUGACUUAAAGGUGCUUUGCUUUCUGCUAUUCUGCAUCCUCAAAAGGUUCAGUCUGAUUAGUGGGAAAGGCUGGGGAACAUGACAAGGACAUGGAAACAUGAAGAUGAUGAACACUGUCUCAUCAUACACGGUUACCUGUGUCUGUAAUCUGCCACCACCACCUGCGUACGAAUGCUACUAGUACUUCUUCACACACAUGCUUUUGACACAGAAGAGCGUGCCACACCAUGCGUUUGUGGACUUCAUUUUCUUGAUGUGACUAACUUCUGUUCUUCAGCCAGUCCUGACGCAAUCUGAGAGACAAAAGGAAGACGUCUGAAACCUUUUCCUCCUUGCACUCGUAGCCAUAUUCUUCUGCCCUAGCUACUCAUGCUGAGAAGUGGGAAUGAUACAGAUCCGCAUCCUGUACACACCGAAUGGCUGGUUUCACUGCACACAGAUUCCCAGAUUGCUGUUCUAUCUACCACUGCCUGUCCAAGAUGAAGCAAAUCCCAGACACCACCACUAUAGGGAACUUCUUAAACCACCUCACUGAAGAACACGCAUCUGCCUGUGUACAGGAAGCUCAAACACAAAGGAAAUGACUUUUGCUUACAGCAGGUACACAACUUUGCAUCUGAACUGGCAAGUACCAGAGGUGCCCAGUUCAGUGACAUCACUGGGCAAACAGUGAUUUUAAAGAAUGCUGGUGCCAUCAGAGUUGAUGUAUUUUCGGGUGACCUUUAUACCAAACCAGCCGUAAGUAUUCAUCUGCUUUGCUUGAAAAUGUCAAGAACUUAGUAUAUUUUUAUACAGAAAAACAGAGAAUGAAAAUAGCUCCUAAACUCAAUUUCAGUAUCAGACCAACCUCCCAUUUACAAUUCCCACUCCUCACAGGACCACAGAAAUCCUCACAAUGAUUUGGUAUUCAUAAUUAACUCACUGUCUAAGCCACAUAGUGCAAAGAAUCACAGGUGAAAUUUAAAAGUAUGCAAUCAAAAGGUGCUGGGUCUUUAUUGUGGGGUUCUUGCUUUGCUCUACUUCUGCAGACAUUUAUUUCUGUUAAGUAAUAUAUAUCCCAGGCACUGGUUAAUGGUGAAAGAAUGCUGUAGGCCAUGUGUAACCAUGAAAUAAACUUAAGAAUAACUUUCUGAA